CUAACUUCACCACUGAAGAUUACGCGGAGUGUGUCGCGUGAACAAGGCAAGCUCAGCCCCUCUGAGGCUACCUUGACGGCUCCCAGCCGAAAACGUCGUGGGAAGCAAAUGCCGCCUUUGCCGGAUUUGCUGGAUACUAGUGCACCUUACCCUUUGAGGUGUGCUUCCAAUCAACUGAUAGAGGAAUUUGAGCAAUGGAAGCUAGAGAAUCAAGGAAGAGCAGGGGGCGAUGAGGUUAAGAUUGUUGGUGAUGGAGAUAGGCCAGCUCAUUGGUUCAAAGAGAUGUAUUCUAGGAGGGGAUGGUGCCAUGGUGAUCAACUUGAUGCAUACAUGAAUUUAAUGAUUUGGCAUUCGACUAAAGGAGCUAGCUCGGUGUUCCCGAUGAUUGCUGUUAUUGAGCAAUUUUGUUGGCAAAGUUUAUGCGAGGCCGACAUUCGUCAAUGCUUGGAUAAGAAGGUGAGGCCCUACGUGGAAGGCUCUCGGCCUUGGUUCAGUGGUACGCCAUGGUGGCAAGCAUCUGCUGUUGUCGGCGUAGGGAACAUCGACAACCAACAUUGGGUUGCGUAUCAACUAGAUUUCGAAGGCCAAACGGUUCGUGUAUUUGAUUCAAUGCGCGGUGCAUAUCCAGUGGAGCGGCAGUUCGAAAAUGUGCUCAAAAACCUACCAAUCGUCUGUGACAUGUGUGAGGUCUUCAAGCACAAAAAUAUCCCACCACCAUACAAGGCAAAAUGGAGUCUGGACCUUGUGCCGAAUUGCCCACAGCAGGUAAACAAUCAUGAUUGUGGGAUAUUUGCAUUGAAAUUUGUUCAGUGCAUUAUAUCUUCCACUGAUAUUAGUGAGCUUGCUGGGCUUGACAUGGGGCGGUACCGAAAGUCUAUUUGUGCCGAGUUGUAUAUGGCUGGACGUCGAAAGUAAAAUGUUGGUUAGGUUAAUACUUCGGCAUCAGUUAGUUUUUGGUAUUUUGUAUCCAUAUUUUGGGCUUGUGGAACUCAAAACAUUUAGGCCACACUAUUGUGUAUGUACUUUGUGAAGGAAUGUCAUAUAUUUUGUUUCGGCAAAUUUGACAAGGCAAACCUAUACUAUGAAUUAAAAUAUAUUUUUUAAUUCAUAGUUGUAGAUAAUAA